UAAGGCUGUGCUUUCACAUCUUGCAAGAUAGAGAUAUCGAAGAAAGAAAUGUGGGGAACAGGAGUAACGGCAGCUAUGGUGGCAACAGAGUUCACAGAGGUGGGCAUUAACACCAUGAUGAAAGCAGCCAUGAGCAGAGGCAUGAGUCAAUUUGUGUAUACAGUUUACUCAAAUGCCUUUGCUCUCCUUAUUCUUAUUCCUUCUUCCUUCAUCUUUUACAGGAGAAGACCUCGCCCUCAGCUCACAGUUUCCAUCAUCUUUAGGACCUUCCUUCUAGGUCUUCUGAGUUGUUGUGUUCAGAUGUUUAUGAACACUGGGGUAAAGUAUAGCUCUCCAACUUUGUCUGCGGCCAUGAUUGAUCUUACACCCGCCUUCACUUUCUUGCUAGCCAUAAUCUCCAGAAUGGAAAAGCUAGACUACAAAUCACAAAGCACGCAAGCAAAGUCUAUUGGCACCAUAGUAUCAGUUGCAGGAGCUUUAAUUGUGACCUUAUACAAAGGGCAGCCCAUCACAACUCUUCCAUCAGAAAGUAACUCGCUUAAUCAGCCCCUGCUAUUACUCUCAUCAACUUGGGUCACUGGAGGCAUUUUCUGUACAGCUGGUGCAUUGUGCCUGGCACUAUUGUACAUUGUCCAGACUUGGAUUCUAAAGGACUGCCCUGCAGAGUUGAUAAUAACAUGCAUAGCUUGCUUCUUCGUAACAGUGUUAUCUUCUAUAGUCGCUCUAGUUGCAGAGAAAGAUAUAAGUUCUUGGAUACUAAAGCCUGAUAUCGAGUUGAUAGCGACAUUCUGCUCUGCAGUUUUUGCCGUAUCAAUUCGAAGUGUAGUUCAUGCGUGGGCAUGUCGCAAGAAAGGGCCUCUCUACGCAUCUAUGUUUAAGCCACUUGGGAUCAUUAUUGCAACUUUCUUGGGGUUUUAUUUUCUUGGUGAUACUCUUUACGACGGAAGUGUGAUUGGAGGAAUCAUAAUAGCACUUGGAUUUUAUAGUGUGCUAUGGGGAAAAGCUCAAGAAGAAAAGAUGGGUAAGGAUGAAAGGAAUUCCAGCUUUGAGUCAUCAGCCUCUCCUAAAGCUCCUCUUCUGCGAGGGGAUGUGUAGUGUUCUUGGCUUGUUACACAUAAUUACUUGCUUAAGCAAAACUGGCAUUCUCACACUUAUUAUGGACAGCCUAUAUCGACAUGAGACGAAUUCCUGACCUCCUUCCACUAUAUUCUGACAAGGAUUGCGAUAACAUCAUAUUUAUAGGCGUGGUUUCUUUCAAAACAUCAUUUUUUGACGUACAUCGUGGUGACUUUCUCAUUUUAUUCAUCCUAAAUAUGCUAAUAAUAUAAAUCCUUAUCAAACAAUACUAUAUAAUUUUUAUGUAAAAGUUCAUCAAAAUUACAGAUAAAUAUUUUUACUUUCAA